AUGGACGUCAAGUUUGCUCCCGCGAAGCGCGUUGCGGGCCAAAGGCAGGAUGUCUGGUCUAUCGUCAAUGAGGCCGCUGCGGCGUCACCUAUGCAGCCAAUUGUGAACAUGGGCCAAGGGUUUUUUGGCUACAAUCCUCCCCAAUUCAUCAUCGACGCUGCGAAGAGUGCGCUUGACCGAGUAGAGUGCAAUCAAUAUUCUCCUACAAAGGGCAGGCCGAGGUUGAAAAAGGCCCUCGCCGAUGCAUACUCUCCUUUUUUCGGACGAAAGUUGGAUCCGGAAACUGAAGUCACUAUAACAACGGGGGCUAAUGAAGGCAGGGGAUAA